UAUCCGCCAUGCUCCGGCGUCCAGAAAAAAUAGAACUCUUGUGAUCAGCUGAGGAGUCCGGCGAUCCGCAGAGGAACGGAAAGAAGUCGGUGUAAAUUGACACGUUAACUUGAAUGGUUACGAUCGGAGGAUACGACCUUUUAGGAGACGAUCAGGAUGAAGGUGGAGGUCGGGGGUUAAGAAGAAGCCAGGUGGACCCUCUACUCUUUGGAACUGAGGAUGCAGCAUCUAUGAUUUCCAGUUCUUUGUUGAAAGGACAACUGGACUUACUUGAGUCCAGUUGUCCUUUCCAUGCGGAGAUUCCCACUUCAGAGUCCUGUCUGUUUUUUGUACAAUACAGACUAAAUAUAUUAAAUAUAUAAAAUAAAUACAGACUAAAUAUAUUAAAUAUAUACAAUAAAUACAGACUAAAUAUAUUAAAUAUAUACAAUAAAUACAGACUAAAUAUAUUAAAUAUAUACAAUAAAUACAGACUAAAUAUAUUAAAUAUAUACAAUAAAUACAGACUAAAUAUAUUAAAUAUAUACAAUAAAUACAGACUAAAUAUAUUAAAUAUAUACAAUAAAUACAGAAUAAAUAUAUUAAAUAUAUACAAUAAAUACAGACUAAAUAUAUUAAAUAUAUACAAUAAAUACAGACUGAAUAUAUUAAAUAUAUACAAUAAAUACAGACUAAAUAUAUUAAAUAUAUACAAUAAAUACAGACUAAAUAUAUUAAAUAUAUACAAUAAAUACAGACUAAAUAUAUUAAAUAUAUACAAUAAAUACAGACUAAAUAUAUUAAAUAUAUACAAUAAAUACAGACUAAAUAUAUUAAAUAUAUACAAUAAAUACAGACUUAAUAUAUUAAACAUCCACAGAGAAAAAGUGAGAUAUGAAAAAAUGGGCCCAUGAAAUAAGUAAUAAAUAUGAAAUGUGAAGUAUCCAGAUGGGAUGAUAAAUAAACAAACACCUUCAGGUGCUCAGUAAUGUGUUGUGGUAGUUUGUACAUUUUAACAGACCUAGACCCGCCUGUGCGUCAGGCCGGUCUAGGUCUGCUAAAAUGGAUCCAUCGAGGGUUGAGGGAACGGUCUUCAGUUUUUCAGGUGUGUCUCGACUCCAGAAUGAGGAGUAAUUCAGAGUUUGUUGUUUUCGUCUGUGGACCAGUGUUUGUCUUUUCUGAACUUUACAGCGAUCCGUCCUCCCUGAGGUUUACAGACAAAUAUCAGAGGUGUGUUUUCAGCGAGUUACAGAAGGAGGAGACGGCGAGCAUGUCUCUGUUGUGAAGCAUUUUUCUGCUGCUGGACGGACCUAAAAUCAAAGAUCCCCCGUUUCUCCACUUCUGCACAUUCUCUUUAAACUUUCAGGAUGAACUAAAACGGCUGACACACCAAGUUACUCCUGCGAGGUUACAGAGGUCUGGGUUUUUUCACACGGAGCUGAGCCGGGUCAGAGUUCAGCUGAGUCUCCGUCUGAGUUAAACUCAUAAAUAUAAAAAAAUAACAGUCUGGUCCUUUAAAAGGAUCACCUUUGGCUCACAUUCACUCUGAGACGGUUUCACUUCUGCUGCAGUUUAACCGUCAGUAACCUCGGGCUCUUCCUCUUCCUCCUGGAGCAGCAGGAAACAUGUGACCCCCCUCCUCCUCUGAGUAACGCCGGAGUUACUGGAGUUCAUUAGGAUCCAGUUCAGAUCACUGCUGACUGUGCAGAUAAACCCGCGCUGACUUCAGAGCCGGACAGCUGUUUCUGUGAAAACACUCAAAAACAGCUCCACCACUUUCUCUCUCUCCUCCGUCCUGGACAGUGAGAGUUAAAGCGAGGCGAGUUCAACAGACGCAGAAACGAAGAGUCGAUCUUUUAUUUAGUUCAUGAAAUUAUAGUUCAAACUCAGUCUGAAGUUAUUUUAUUGUGAAAAACAUUUGGAGUGUGGAGGAAGUCUGUUGAUGUCAUCAGUCACAGGAGGCGGGACUUAAUCAGAGCUAAUUAAUGCGAAUAUAGUUAAUGACUCUGCUCGUGGAUCCCUGUAGAUUUUCUGUAACGAAAGAAAGUCGAACAACGACACAAAUUUUAUCACGACUCUCAUCACGUUCAUCACUUAAAAAAAAAACAAAAAAUUGAAAAUAAAUUAAUGGAGUAAAAAAUAAAGAUUUAAUAAAAUUAGAAAAUAAAAGUAGAAAAGAAAUUAAAAAAAUAAAAAUAAAAAAGUAAAUUAAAGAUUUUAAAAAAGUAAAAAAAAAAAUACAUAAAAAAUUUAGAAAAAAUAAAUAAAAUAUUUAUCACUUUCAAAAAAAUAAAAGAUAAAUUAAAAAAAUUAAAUUAAAAAAUUUAAUGAAAAAAAUAAGAAUAAAUAAAAAGUAAAAAAUCAAAAUAAAAUAAAUAUAUAAAUAAAUAUAUUUAUCGCUUUCAUUAAACACUGGAGUCUGAUUGGGCCUUGAAAGUUCAGCUGAUCAUAGAUUCAGCCUCUGAUUGGUCAACAGACUAUCAUCAAAAUUGCAAUACAAGCCCUGGUACGAUGAAAGUCAGUGUAGGGGUCACAAAAUCAGAAGGAAAAGCAUUAUGGGAAAAGGGUAAAUCAACCCGGCGACUGCGGUGAGAUGAUGAAAGUUGAUAAAAAACAGAGUUCGUGUAAAAACGAGCAGAAACAGCUGAAACAGAGAGUCUGUGAUUAUAGACGACAGGACUGUCAUGGACUGGCAACGAGGCAGACAGGAUAGCUGUGUCUCACCUGUCUCACCUGUCUCACCUGUCUCACCUGUCUCAACCAUCUCACCUGUACUCCACUUGGUUGUCAGAUGAAAACAGGAUCAAAUAUAAGCAGGUCUAAAAUGAUCUGACUCAACUUCACAGAAGAAAAACAGAAACAACAAAAACACAGUGAAGGUAAACUCACCUGACGGCUCAGACUCCUUUUGAUUUGUCCUCCCUCCCUCUCUCUCUCUCUCUCUCUCUCUCUCUAGUUGGCGGGUAUGAAGAGUUGGGUCGACCUGAGGAAUGAGAUCGUGUUCCUGACUCAGAACGCCACGUCGUCCCCCAGCACCAUGUACCAGGCGGUCUCCAGGAUCGUGUGCGGUCACCCCGAGGGCGGCGGUCUCCAAAUCAAGUCCCUGAACUGGUACGAGGACAGCAACUACAAGGCGCUGUUCGGAAACCACAACAGCAGCGAGGACGAGCCGACGUCGCUCUACGACAACUCCACCAGUGAGUCCAGACACCGAGACAGAAACACGCUAGAGAAAUAUCGGCUAAACAACUGUUUGUGGAGAUCGCACUAUAGAACCAUGGUCGCCAUAGAAACGAGGUUCAUGAUAAUUACCAAUCUCUACAAUCGCCAACCAUGACUUUAAAUAUUGAUAAACACACGUAUGGAUCUGAGCAUGCUCAGUCUUUUGACGCAGUGAUGAGAAUGACCAAGUCUGAUUGGUUUAUCUAUGUGUCAAUCAACACCUGCAACAAGCCCCUCCCACUCAUAAUGACUGAAAUACAGAUAAUUAACAGCUCUGUGUGUGUGUGUGUGUGUGUGUGUGUGUGUGUGUGUGUGUGUGUGUGUGUGUGUGUGUGUGUGUGCGUGUGUGUGUGUGUGUGUGUGUGCGUGUGUGUGUGUGUCUCAGCCCCCUUCUGUAACAGUCUGGUCCGGAGCAUGGACUCAAACCCGAUGUCCCGGAUGAUCUGGACCGCUGUGAAGCCCCUGCUGCUGGGAAAGAUCCUCUACACCCCCCACACCCCCGCCACCGCCAGGGUCAUCCACGAGGUCUGACAUCACUUCCUGUCCUGAACACUUCCUCUCACCUGUGUCUUACCUGUCCCGUCUCUCUGAUCUGUCUCACCUGUUUCUAUGAUUCUGGUGCGUUCAGGUGAACCGGACCUUCCAGGAGCUGGGCGUGUUCAGGGACCUGGGUGGGAUGUGGGAGGAGAUGAGACCCAAAGUCUGGGACUUCAUGGAGAACAGCGAGCAGAUGGACCUGGUCAGGGUAAAUAGGCUCCGCCCUCACGCUCACCUGUCCUGAAUCUGUCAUUCUUGUUGUAUUUGUUCUGUUCAGAGUCCAGGUGAGACCACCUGUCCAGGUUAGGGUCUCCUGUCUCAGUUUAAAGUCUUUUUUAAGGUUUCCUCUCUUCACCUGAGACUGAGAGAGUGACACAGACUGUAAACUGAGCUGUCGCUGCCCCCUGGUGGUGGAAACAGGGUGUAUGUCAUCUUUAUCUGCACUCCCACCAGGUUCAGUCCAGUUGGUCCAUGAGGUUCUGAGAACUUAUCAACCUUUAGACGAAUCAGUGCUGAUACAAAGACUAAAAAUAAAUCUCAGAAAUUGAUCAUUUUAGCGGAAAAGUUCUUUGUCUUCAUUAUCGUCAGUCUCGCCGCAGAGAGAACACAUUGGGCUUUUAUUUUGAAAAUCACUCUGGCAGUACUUCUGUGUUUUUUGAUCAUGCUUGUGACUUUAUUUUAUUUUAAUUUUCUUCCUUAUUGAUUUCACAGAUCAAUAUUCCAUCAACAUCUUACAUAUACUGAACACAUUUCUGACUGAAUUUCUGAAUCAACCCAGUUUUUCCAGGAGUUUUAAAAGUUUCUGUUUCUGUUUUUUUUUAUUUAAAUGGCAGCGAAUGAGUAACCUGCGUGAAGCGUGAGGGUGCGGUCUGUCGGGACGAGCAGGAUCCCUGAAUUUGUCCUGUGGUAACAAAAUAAAAGUCCUUCCUGUCUGUGUUUUAGACUCUCCUGAAGAACAACGUCACCGCCAGGUUCUUCCACGCUCAGCUGAGCAGCACCGACUGGACCGUCGCUGACCUCUCCAACUUCCUGUCCAAGAAGGGGGAGGAUCCCCGACCCACAGGCACCGCCAUCACCUGGAGGGAGGUGUUUAAUGAGACGGACCAGGCCAUCAUGAGCAUCUCUCGCUUCAUGGAGGUCAGAACAAAAACCCUCGAAACUCAGAGAGACGCCAACAGAGAAGAAGACACUCUGAGGUCUCUGCCGUCUGUGAUGGCAGCUCUGUCUUUGUAAUCUGAGCAGGUUUAAACUGAGGAUGGUUAAUCUGAACAGGUUUAAUCUAACCAGGUUUAUUAAGAGCAGGUUUAAUCUGGACAGAUUUAAACUGAGAAGGUUUAAUCCAAACAGGUUUAAUCUGAGCAGGUUUAAUCCAGGUUUAAAACAGAUUUAAACUGAGGAGGUUUAAUCCAAACAGGUUUAAUCUGAGCAGGUUAAAUUUAACCAGGUUUAAUCUGAGCAGGUUUAAUCUGAACAUAUUAAAAUUGAGAAGGUUUAAUCUGAGUGGGUUUAAUCUGGGCAGGUUUAAUCUGAGCAAGUUUAGUUUGAGCAGGUUUAAAUUGAGGAUGGUUUAUCUGAAGAGGUUUAAUCUAACCAGGUUUAUUAAGAGGAGGUUUAAUCUGAACAGAUUUAAACCGAGCAGGUUAAAUCUGAUCAGGUCUAAUCUGAGCAGGUUUAAUCUGAUCAGGUCUCAGUAGGUCUUAUCUUAAUAGGUUUGAUCUGAACAGAUUCAAGGUGAUGAGGUUUAAUCUGAGCAGGUCCAAUUUGAGGAGGUUUAAUCUGAGGUUUAACCCGAGCAGGUUUAAUCUGAGGAGGUUUAAUCUGAGGUUUAAUCCGAGCAGGUUUAGUCUGAACAGAUCUUAACUAACUAGGUUUAGUCUGAGGAGGUUUAACCCGAGCAGGUCCAAUCUGAGCAGGUUUAAUGCGAGGAAAUUUAAUCUGAGGAGGGUUCAUCUAAACAGGUUUAAUCCAACCAGUUUUUUUACGAGCAGGUUUGGUAUGAGCAGGUUUAAUCUGAGCAGGUUUAAGUUAAAUUCUGAGUUUAAGACCUACGUUUGUUGAUCAGAUUGACUGGUUUUCAAAGUGGGCCUCAGUCUGAUUAGAACCUAUUCAGUGAUUUCCACUACAGAGUCAUGAGUGUUUUUAACGCAGAGCAGACAGUUCUUCAGAUUAUCAGAGAAUUAAAUAAAAACAUCCACUCUUUAUAGAGUUUCAUUAAUCCCAUUUACUCUUGUAAUCAGCUGUGAUUGGUGGGCUUAGACCACCUGACCUGAUCUGUGUGUGUUCAUGUGUGUUCAUGUGUGUGUGUAGUGUGUGAACCUGGACAAACUGGAGCCGGUCUCCAGCGAGGAGCAUAUGGUGAACCAGUCCAUGGUGCUGCUGGAGGACAGGAAGUUCUGGGCGGGGAUCGUCUUCCCCGACAUCGACCCCAACGCCACGGAGCUGCCCGCCAAACUCAACUACAAGAUCCGCAUGGACAUCGACAACGUGGAGCGCACCAACAAGAUCAAAGACGCGUGAGGGGACGCACUGAACACACACACACACACACACACACACACCCACAGUCAGAUGAAAGUGACCCUUGAUUGGAGCGCCGCUGUGAUCCUGAAUGCUCCUAUAAACAAAAACAUGUGUGUGUUGGGUGUGUUUGUUUUAAGUCAUUGUGGGGACGUUUCCGGACAAACAUCAGGUCCCCACAUUGUUCUUUAACGAGGACAAAGGAGAGGGUCAGUGUUCAGUACAGCUCUCUUUACAGAGUCUCAUCAGUACCGCCCACAUGCAGCUACAGCCAUAGAUAUAUAAACACUAGAUGUCUUACGCACACUGUUGGCCUUUAGAUAUCUAUGGUAACCAUUAGCAACAGGACAGAGAGCGCGAAUUUAACUGUCAGCACUUCUCCAUCAUAAACGCACGCCCCCUGUUCUCUCUCAGAUACUGGGACCCGGGUCCUCGGGCUGACCCCUUUGAGGACAUGCGGUACAUCUGGGGCGGGUUCACUUACCUGCAGGAUGUCAUCGAGCAAGGCAUCAUCAGAGCGUUGACGGGCACCAAAGAGAAGACGGGCGUGUACAUCCAGCAGAUGCCGUACCCGUGCUACGUGGACGACAUGUAAGGGACCGACACAGCUGAUCUGGUUCUGGUUUCUGGUUCUGUGUUGAGGGCCCUGGUUCUUGGUUUCUGGUUCUGACUCCUCCCCCUCUCUCCGUCAGAUUCCUGCGCGUGAUGAGCCGCUCCAUGCCGCUCUUCAUGACUUUGGCGUGGAUGUACUCGGUGGCGAUCAUCCUGAAGAGCGUGGUGUACGAGAAGGAGGCGCGUCUGAAGGAGACCAUGAGGAUCAUGGGUCUGAAUAACGGUAUCCUGUGGUUCAGCUGGUUCAUCAGCUGCCUGAUCCCCCUGCUGAUCAGCGCCGGCCUGCUGGUUCUGCUCCUGAAGGUGAGACACUCGGACACCCGUGAGCCGGUUAGAGGUCGGCGGGCGGGCGGGCGGGCGGGGGGGUUCUGGGCUGAACUGAUUCUGUUGAACUUUGUUGUUUUCUGGACCAGAAAGGGAACCUCCUCCCCUACAGUGACCCUGGUGUGAUCUUCCUCUUCCUGAGUUCCUUCGCCGUGGUCACCAUCAUGCAGUGUUUCCUGCUCAGCACAGCGUUUGCUCGCGCUAACCUGGCGGCGGCCUGCGGAGGGAUCAUCUACUUCACGCUGUACCUGCCGUACGUCCUCUGCGUGGCCUGGCAGGACUACAUCGGCUUUGGGGCCAAAGUCUUCGCCGUAAGACCCCCACACUCUGACAGGUCGUUAUGACGCCGUGCUGUUAUUGGACCUGAUGAGUCACAUGGUCUCUUCUCCUCACAGAGCCUCCUGUCUCCUGUGGCGUUCGGGUUCGGCUGUGAAUACUUCGCCCUGUUUGAGGAGCAGGGGGUCGGGAUCCAGUGGAAGAACCUGCUGUCCAGUCCUCUGGAGGAGGACGACUUCAGCCUGCGCACCGCCAUCACCCUCAUGUACUUUGACUCCUUCCUGUACGGAGUCCUCACCUGGUACCUGGAGGCCGUGUUUCCAGGUGAGAGCCCGCAGCUGUCAUGUGAAACUAGAGGUUCUCCUAGCUGAUCGGCGCCGAUCUAGAGUGGAAUGUUGCAGAUACCCUGUUGUCACUUCCUAAAACUUUCUCGUCUCCUAUUUUAAUAUUUGUUGCACAAAAAUAUGAGACGCUUGAAUCGCUGUUUUCAACGCCUUGAUCGGCGAUUGGAAAUAUCGGAUCGGCAGAUAAUGAUUUCAGUAAGAUCGGAUCGGUGAUCGGAACCCAAAAUCCUGAUCGGAGCAUCCCAAAAAAACCAGAUUCUCAUCACCGAACAAACGUCUUGAACUUUCCGAUCUUUUCUCUCGACCCUUCGUUUUCGUGUCCCAGGUCAGUACGGGAUCCCUCGGCCCUGGUUCUUCCCCUUCACCAAGUCCUACUGGUUUGGAGAGAAAGACGGAAAGUCCAGCAAAGUCCCCCUGUACCGGAAAGGAAACGCAGAAGGUGAGACCGCAGUGACACAUACCCACCACACGAGGGGGCUACAGAGCGGAAAACCUCAGUAUUCUCCAGUCAGACUUUUACUUUGAAAGAGACUUCCUGUAACCUGUACCUGUCUCUCAGCUGUGUGCAUCGAGGAGGAGCCAGCCCACCUGGAACCUGGAGUCUACAUCGAGAACCUGGUGAAGAUUUACCGCCACGGGAGGAAGCUGGCGGUGGACGGACUGACGCUCGGGUUCUACGAGGGACAGAUCACCUCGUUUCUGGGACACAACGGAGCUGGAAAAACCACGACCAUGUGAGUACAGAGAUCAGGAAUGGAGACAGGUACUCUGAGACCCAGAACCCGACUAACCCUCUUCUCUGCAGGUCCAUCCUGACCGGUCUGUUCCCCCCCACCUCUGGGACCGCCUACAUCCUGGGUAAAGACAUCCGGACCGAGCUGAGCGCCAUCAGACAGAGUCUGGGAGUCUGUCCUCAACACAACGUCCUGUUCAGCAUGUGAGUCCUGACCCUGUUCAUGAGUCCGCUGUUGACCCUGCAGUCUGUAGGGGGGGGGAGGGGGUACCACAGGGCUCCGUACUGGGACCAGUUUAGGUUUUAUAGGUAGACCUGUGUCUCUGAACAGGACCUGCAGCCUUCACUCGACACAGAUGUCCAUCGUUGACCCCCAUCAGGAGGACUUUCUCCUUGAGAACGUGGUCUUUGUUUUGAUGCUGGACUCGUCUGUCAGUCCAGGUUCAUGUUUAAAGUCCCAGUCUGGUCUGAAACCGCAUCACAGAACCGAAAACUUGGACUAGUUUCUGAGUCGACCCCCAGGUUCUUCUGGUGUCCCUCAAGGGUCCGUUUUGGGCCCAGUCCUGUUGUCCCCUCUGACCCCCGAUUCUCACCUCAUCCAGAACGGCGGCGAUCAGGAAUCACGAGAACUCACAAGAACCCGCAGAUUCACGUUCAAUCGUACGAUAACGAGUUGUCUCUCUAAAGACAGACACAUAGACAUAUAAGCAGUAGAUUGUGUCCUUCCAGAGGAGGAAAUCUACUUCUAGACUUCUAGAAUCAGCAUCUCCUCAUCCAUGGUGUCAUCGGGGUGAAAUGACGUCUAAAAACCUAAAAACCACGUUAACUUGAAUGGUUACGAUCGGCGGAUACGACCUUUUAGGAGACGAUCAGGAUGAAGGUGGAGGUCGGGGUGAGCUUGCGGCCCCUGGGGUCCGUCUGAAGGACCCGCCUACCUUUGAGAUGAACUUAGGAAGGUUCUCUGCAGACCUUAUUGGACCAUCUGAAGAACUUUGAAUGACGGUUCAGUCCGAACUCUCUGAGGUUUUGGUGGUCCGAUCUCUUCUGGUCUAAGUCCAGUCCCCCUCGGUCCAGGACCUUUAGUACAGGUCCGUCUCUCAGCUGAUGAUAGUUUGUUUUGUCGCCCCCUGCAGGCUCACAGUGGAGGAGCACAUCUGGUUCUACGGGCGUCUCAAAGGUCUGUCAGAGGAGCAGGUCAAAGGUGAGAUAGAGCAGAUCCUGCAGGACACCGGACUGCCCCACAAACGAAAGUCCAGGACCAGCGCUCUGUCGGGGGGGAUGCAGAGGAAGCUGUCUGUGGCUCUGGCUUUUGUUGGGGGGUCAAAGGUCGUCAUCCUGGAUGAACCCACGGCCGGCGUGGACCCCUACGCUCGCAGAGGGAUCUGGGAUUUACUGCUCAAGUACAGACAAGGUCAGACCCUCUACCCUGUAUUUAUGUGACCUCACCUGCUGGACC